CACCACAUAGAGCAGACGACGGCCUACAGCUCAGCACCCGGCUCCCGCCCGCCUACACAACCCAAUUACCCACCGAAGCCCGUCGCUGAGCCCACGCGGGCGCGCCCGACCCCACAAUGUCCCAGACCAUUGGCAAGACGCGCCUGGCCUACAGCCGGACAUGGCACCAUCUCAACGUUGGCACCGACCCGCGCCCUCUCGGUCGCCUCGCCUCACAAAUCGCCCUCGUCCUCAUGGGCAAGCAUAAGCCGAUCUUUGACCCGUCGACGGACUGCGGCGACUACGUUGUCGCGACUGGUUGCAACGACCUGCACACGACGGGAAAGAAGCGCGAGCAGAAGAAGUACUACCGCCACACGACUAGGCCCGGUAGCCUCAAGGAGAUCACCAUGGACAAGUUGAUGCAGAAGUGGGGUGGUAGUGAGAUCUUAAGGAGAGCGGUUAGCGGCAUGUUGCCCAAGAACAGGCUUAGGAAGCCCAGGUUGGCGCGGCUGAAGACCUUCGAGGGCCAGGCGCAUCCGUACAAGAAAAACAUCCUGCAGUUCUCUGGCCACAAGUCGAUUACCGAGAUGCCAGAAGUUAAGGCUGCGAUCUCGGCGCAGACUCCGGUGAAGGCGGAAUGAGCGUGGCUACCAUACCAUUAGACGGCGUUAGGUUUAUGGGUUGGGAUCCGAGGGUAGUGGGAAUGCAUGGAGACCUCGGAGAUUUUCAAAAUACGGGGAGCAUUUGUGGCUGUGUCGAAAUUCUCGUAGUCCUCUUCUACGGAGGUUGUAAAUGGAUGGCUCAGCUAUCAAAACUGCAGUCUUUCUGGCCUGGAUCAAGGCAGCAGACGCCACGCUCGGCGAACAUUUCCAGCUCUGGCCCAUCUUCCUUGGAUGAGCUGCGAAAAGGCACAAAGAUUCGGCAAAGUAUCGUAUCGAUUGUAGGAUAUAUGUACAGCUUGAACCAAAAACGCCAAACC